CCCGCGUUCGCGCUCUCAAAACGUUGCCGUCUCCCCCGUUUCCGACUAAUACAAACCCAUAUAUAUAUAUAUAUAUACAUAUAUAUUAUUAUUAUUUUGGCGCGUGGUUUAACCUACCUUAAGUUUUUACACAGUCUCUCUGUUGAUAAUAUAUAUUUAUAUACGAUACGAACAUCUAUUUUGAAUACAAUUACAUAGAAUUUUAUCAACCAAACAAACUGCCCAAUUAAAGUAAAGUAGAUAUUCAACGAGACCACCGAACUAUCAGCGAGCCAAAGCCACACAAAACAACCGCCCAAAAUCAGAAGCCAAUUUAUACACACAAAUAUAUAUAUAUAUAUAUAUAUAUCCGAAAUGGAUCUGAAGCACAGCGCCAGCGGCGCCGUCGAGAGCGCCGAUUCAUAUAUAGCCAGCAGCAAGUCAACAGACAUGAUCACGCCGAAGGACAAGGAGAGCAAAGAAAACAACAAAUCGGCCAAUGCGCCAGCCGAAGGUUACAAAGUCUAUGCGCGUCGCUGGGCGGUGCUCAUACUCUUUGUAUUCUAUUCAGCCUCGAAUGCCAUGCAAUGGAUACAAUACACCAUCAUCAACAAUAUAAUAACACGCUACUAUGGCAUCAGUGACAAGUGGGUGGACUGGACGUCCAUGAUUUAUAUGAUAUUGUAUAUACCGCUCAUAUUUCCGGGCAGCUGGUUCCUCGACAAGGUGGGUCUGCGCAUAACGGCACUCGUUGGCAUUGUGGGCACCUGCAUAGGCGCCUGGAUAAAGGUAUUUUCGGUGGAUCCGUCGCUCUUCUAUGUCAGCUUCAUAGGACAGUCAAUUGUGGCGCUUGCCCAGGUGUGCAUAUUGUCGCUGCCCGCGCGUUUGGCUGCCGUCUGGUUCGGACCCGAUCAGGUGUCAUCCGCCACCAGCGUUGGCGUCUUUGGGAAUCAGCUGGGCGUGGCCGUUGGAUUUGUGCUGCCACCGAUGCUGGUGCCGAACUCCGAGGACAUCAACCAGGUGGGCAGCGAUCUGCAGAUGAUGUUCUACCUGGUGGCCGGUCUGACCAGCAUACUGCUCGUCCUGAUGGCCAUAUUCUUCCAGGAUCGGCCGCCGACGCCGCCGUCUGCGGCACAGGAGGAGUCACAGCGUCUGGAGGGCAUGGUCGAGGAGCAGGUCAGCUUCUUGCAAUCGCUGAAGAAUCUGAUGACCAAUCGCAAUUUCAUAUUUCUGCUGCUCUCCUAUGGCAUCAAUGUGGGCGUAUUCUAUGCCAUCUCCACGCUGCUCAAUCCGGUGGUGCUCAAGUAUUAUCCAGGUCAUGAGGUCGACACAGGUCGCAUUGGCCUCAGCAUUGUGCUGGCUGGCAUGCUGGGCUCCGUUGUCUCCGGCAUAGUCCUGGACAAGACGCACAAAUUCAAGGAGACAACGCUGGCGGUCUAUGCCCUUUCCAUGGUGGGCAUGUGGAUAUUCACGUUCACGCUGGACACCGGACACAUUGCGGUGGUUUAUCUGACAGCCUCGCUGCUGGGCUUUUUUAUGACCGGCUAUUUGCCGGUGGGCUUUGAAUUUGGCGCCGAGCUCACGUUUCCCGAGCCGGAGGGCACUUCGUCCGGCCUGCUGAACGCCUCGGCGCAAACGUUUGGCAUUUGCUUUACGCUCUUCUACUCGGAGCUCUUCUACUCGUACGGGGAUGUGCCCGCCAACGUGGCCAUGGCCCUGAUGCUGAUCGUGGGCACGGCCAUCACGGCGGCCACCAGAUCCGAUUUGAGGCGGCAGAACGCGCAGGUGGCGCCCUGUGCAGCUGCUGUCAAUCCGUAAAUUAGCCAAAAAGAAAGAUACGAAAAGAGUUGAAUAAGAAAAUACACACACACGCACACCCACACACACACACACACACACGCACACCUGGGUCGCGUUUGUAUAGUUGUAUUUUUAAUGCAUAUCGUUUUUAGAUUGUUUUUUUAUUUAUUUAUUGCAUUUGUUAUUUAUACUUAUGUUUUCUGUUGUAGCUUUAAGUGAAUCAUGUGUUGGAUUUCUUAUUAAAAAUUACACACACCCACACACACACACACAUAUGUAUACAUAUACACACGCGUUUAGCUUAGGCAAUUAUUUUUUCAAUUUUAUAUAUUGGCCAAAUAAAUUGUUUUUAGAUUUUUAGCAUAAGUAAGUUGUACAUUUGAAUAAUUGCAAAAGACUUGUCGACUUAAAUUUAGCUUUAUCCUUGUUCUUUUGCGACAACAACAACAACAACAACAAGACGAAAUAUUUAUAUCCUAUUCCGAAAAUAUAUAGUAAAACACACACUUGUUACAAAUAUGUACGUUAAAGUAGUUGAAAAUUGUUUAAGCUCCAUAUUGCAGGCAUAUGCCAUACUCCUCCAGUAUUAUAGCCAAUCAUAUAUAUAUAUAUAUAUAUACAAUAUGUGUUUAUAUAGCCAAUGUUAAAAAGAGCUCAGUGCGUAUUCGACUUUAUUUUUGCAAUCUAACCUGGUUCCAUGCGCAGUUCUAGCCCAAUUUGAUGAGUCUCUCCUGUGAAAUUAUGCAUAUGCCAAACAAUUCCAACAAACCCGUAAUACAGUCAUGCGGCCCUAUAAUGAACUGGCAAAUAAACUAGACACAAAACUGGGCCUUACAAAAUUUAACCUAAAUUGAUAAUUAGAAAACGACAUUUUUAGAGGAAACACAAUUAUAUAUAUGUGCAGAUUUUGAUACGGGUCGGAAUACGCUCCUAGGCAAAAAACAAGUUGGAAAUCUGGUUAAGAACUUGGCCUAAAACCCAAGCUGGCAUAUGCCAUAUACCUUGAGGAAAAGGCUAGCUGAGCUUCAGAGUAAAAGGUGCGAUUGUGAGAAAGCUUCAUACAGAGAGAGAGAUUAAAAAAAAAGGAGUGUGUUAAAGAAGCAGUCGUUAUAGCGAAGUGCGACUGUACUUCCCAUAAUAAUUGAUAGGGUAUCAGUCAGCAACGGGGUGGGGAAAACAGUUGAACGCUUUGUGCACACCUUUUUCAAAAAGGGUUCCAAAAAUAAAUUGUUGAAAUUGUAAACGAAAGAAAAAAGAAAAGUCCACUCCAAAAUUCUACAAAUUUCCGCUGUGUACAUAAUUCUAGAGAAUUUCAGAACUAGCCAAAGAAACUGUUACAUUAUGUACAUAUAUAAACACACCUUAACAAAUGCAUGCACACCUACACACACACACACACACACACUUGCAAUCAUAUCUGAGAUGUUUUAACGUUGAUUUUGAAGUAUUUACAAUUGAAAGUCAAAUCUAAAAUAUAUACACCAUAUAUAUGAUAUAUAUGUAUACGUUUGUAAUACGUAUCAUUGUUGUGACAUAGUUGAAUUAACUAACAUCAAAUGCAGGUAAAUGCAAAUAAAUUAGCACACUUUUAAGCUGCGGUACACAAAUUGUAUUCAAUUUUGUAGAUAGCUUUAUGGCCAAUUGCCAGUAUUAUACUAUAAUAUAUAUAUACAUAUAUAGCCAAUCGUGUAGCUCACUGAACUAGAGUCAAUUCUCAGACACCAGAGACUACCUGACAUAAAAGCUGUUACUACUUAUAUACAACCUACAACAACAACAACAACAACCACCUAAAGAAAAACAAUUUGAACAGAAUUCAGUAAACAAAGAAAAGCGAAAAAGUUGCGCGUUGAAGACAAAGAGAACAUAUGGUGUGCCUAACGGUAUCCACACACUCUCUCUCACACACACACACACACACAUAGUCAAAAGUUAUUUCAUUCAAAAUGAAAAUAUAUAUAAAUAUAUAUGUAUAUGUGUAUAGUGGAAAAAGUAUUCAAUAAAACUUAACCCGUGUAUAGAGCAAA